AUUUUCCAUAUGUCUUCCUUCUUCUUCACCAACGUCGAACGGGGUCCGAAGCAUCUCGCCCUCCCCCGAAAUCUAACUCCUGACCAAACCACCCAAAUCCUGCGCGCUCAUUCCUCUCUAGCACACCAUAUCUGGCCAUCAUCAACAAUACGACCCCUCAAUUCGACCAUCUCAUCCACCAAGCUAGCUGUCGAAUCGCCCACUCUCAGUUUCAACGCUACCUUCACCAAUAUCGACGACGGGGUUUCGGUGUUGGAAGAGGGGCUCCUCGGGUUCGACUUUCUGGUGCGUUGGACGGUAGCAGAUGGUAUGCAGAUGCAGCAGUCUGCGCCUCUUUUGGAAAAGUCGUCGUCGUCACCAUCGUCGAUUUAUUUGGAGGAAAAUGUGUGGGUGUCGUGCUUUAAGCCUGUGGGGCGGUUUGCGAAAUUCGCGGAUGAUUUCAAUCCCAAGACGAAGCAUUUGAUGGAUUUGUUAGGUAGAGUAGCUACGGGUGCGAUCUCGAUGGAUGAGGUCACGUCUGUUCGGGAAAAGGAUGGGGGUGAGAAAUUAAAGGUCGGAUGAGAAUAAGUGUUCUAUUAAAUGCUUGGAAACUACCUUAGGCUCCUUUGCUAUAUAUGUAAACCAUAGUCUGAAAGAGGGAAAACUAGGAAAGAAGAGCAAGACGGACAAAAUGGUAUAUAGAAGCCACACUAAAAUGCUAAGCAGGCUAAGCAUAGUGGAUCAGAGAUCGACAGGAUCCGGGGAUACAGGACUUGGAAAUGAUUAACACGAUAAAAUCAA